AUGUCUCUCUUCACUGUCCUCCGGAAAUCAGAGAAGUUUUAUAUGGGUGGGAGUGGAACGCUCGUGGACGGUGUUCGUCGCUGGUUUCAACGCCGAACCAACAAUAACAAUCAUACUCACACUAAUAAUAAUAUUAAUAACAAAAUUUCUUCUAAUAUUAAUAAUAGUGGUUCUCCACUAUCAUCGGUGAAGGUGAAGGAGGGAAUAGAGGAGAAAGAGGAAGAAGAAUUAACUGUGAUUGAAGAUUUUGAUAUUUCUGGUUUAAAACUUAUUAGAGUUCCUAAACGCAUCCAUUUCCCUCUUGGUUCUCCCAUGGAUCCUCACAAGAAGGGCUCGGCUGAGGCAGAUUUCUUCACUGAGUAUGGAGAGGCUAGUCGAUACCAAGUACAAGAAGUUGUCGGGAAAGGUAGUUAUGGUGUUGUUGGCUCUGCAAUUGACAGUCAUACUGGAGAAAGGGUUGCAAUCAAGAAGAUUAAUGAUGUUUUUGAGCAUGUUUCUGAUGCCACACGUAUUCUGAGAGAAAUUAAACUCCUUCGGUUGCUUCGUCAUCCUGAUAUUGUAGAAAUAAAGCAUAUCAUGCUUCCUCCUUCACGUAGGGAAUUCAGAGAUAUCUAUGUCGUUUUUGAGUUGAUGGAAUCCGACCUUCACCAAGUAAUUAAAGCAAAUGAUGAUCUUACACCUGAGCAUUAUCAGUUUUUCUUGUACCAGCUUCUUCGUGGUCUCAAAUAUAUACAUACAGCAAAUGUGUUUCAUCGAGAUUUAAAGCCAAAAAACAUUCUUGCUAAUGCUGACUGCAAAUUGAAGAUAUGCGAUUUUGGUCUUGCUAGAGUAUCUUUCAAUGAUGCCCCGUCAGCUAUUUUUUGGACAGAUUAUGUAGCAACUAGAUGGUAUCGUGCUCCUGAACUCUGUGGCUCUUUUUUCUCCAAAUACACUCCUGCAAUUGAUAUUUGGAGCAUUGGAUGUAUAUUUGCUGAAAUGCUUACAGGAAAACCACUCUUUCCUGGAAAAAAUGUGGUUCACCAAUUGGAUCUCAUGACUGAUUUGCUGGGCACUCCUCCUCCUGAAUCUAUUUCAAGGAUUCGAAAUGAAAAGGCAAGGAGGUAUCUUAGUAGCAUGCGGAAGAAACCACCAAUUCCAUUCCCUCAGAAGUUCCCCAACGUAGAUCCAUUAGCUCUUCGCCUACUGGAGCGCCUGCUUGCAUUUGAUCCUAAAGAUCGUCCGACAGCUGCAGAGGCUUUAGCUGAUCCUUACUUCAGUGGUUUGUCAAAUGUUGAGCGUGAGCCAUCCACUCAACCUAUUUCAAAAUUGGAGUUUGAGUUUGAGAGGAGAAAAUUGACAAAAGAUGAUGUAAGAGAGCUGAUCUACCGAGAGAUACUAGAGUAUCACCCGCAGAUGCUGCAGGAGUACAUUCGAGGUGGAGAGCAGACUAGCUUUAUGUACCCAAGUGGUGUUGAUCGAUUCAAGCGACAAUUUGCGCAUCUGGAGGAGCACUAUGGUAAAGGGGAAAGAAGCACUCCACUGCAGCGACAACACGCUUCCUUGCCUAGAGAGCGGGUUUCUGCACCCAAGGAUGAGACUGCUGCCCAAAACACUGAUAUUGAGGGCCGAACUGCAGCUUCUGUUGCAACAUCUCUUGAAAGUCCCCCAGGAUCACAGCAUGCAGAUGGUUCAGAGGCUGUGACACAAAACGGAUUAAACUACAGCAAUCGAAGCCUAUUGAAGAGUGCUAGCAUCAGUGCCUCCAAAUGUGUGGUUGUGAAACCAAAAAGAGAUUCAGAGACUAAAGUGGAUCAUGUAAUUGUGCUCAAUGCAAGGAUGCUGGGCCAGUAUUCUGAGCCCCACAUCCACAACCUCAAUGGACCAUCCCAGUUCUGGUCCUUUACUUUAGGUGAAAGAAACAGCAACCUAAAAGGAGUUGUGGCUGAAAUUACUCAUCACCUGGGUGGUGAAGCUCUGUUGGAUACCUAUUAUGUUGUAAGAAAUGAAAAGAACUCUUUGGUACUGCUAAGCCUUUCAGCCACAACCCUAAUAGUGACACCACCAGGAUCAAACUUGCUUGUGGUUCCUAAAAGAUUUCUCGGCUGGCAAGCCUGGCAUGAAAUGAUUGGAGGCAAGUUGCAGAUGGAGGAAGGACUGAGAGACCCUGCUAAGGCUGAGAUAACCACCAACAUUGGACACGCUGGCAUAGUUGGGUGUGAUGCUCCUGGCCUGAAGGUUGGUUUCACUGCUGCGAGGAGGACUAGUUGUAGUCUUAGGGGGCUGGUUGCUCUUAGUGUUGCUAAAAUCGAUAAGAGUGAGGAGGGGAUUGCUGAGGUCAAUGAUGAGGAUGUCAACGACUUGUCCCAGAAGGGUACUAAUAUUCUCAUGCAUGCAGCUUAA